CGUCAUUCAGUCGUCGCUGGAACAGCUGACGUGCAGGUGUAUAUACUAUAUAUAUCGUAGUUAGUCGGCGGCCAUCAUCAUCGCCAGCAGCAACUCUCUCCGCAUAUCAAUCGACGUGACUUUCAUUCCAUCCGCGCCGACAAGUCCUGCGGCUAGUGUACCCUCGCAGCGUUUUCGUGCAAGAGGACGAAAAAACCUGACCCUUGAUGGCAUCGGCGAACGAACCGGACGUCUCCGCCGUGGAGGAGAACAUCGCUAAGCUGUCGGUCGAGACGUCAUCCAGCCCCGAGAAGAAGCUGUCCUCGGCCGGCGACCGGGCCGACGUCUUCGAGCCUCACCUGUCCGGCUUCGAGACCCGCGAACUCUACAAACUCGCGCUCAACUUUUACAAAGAGAAAGAAGGGAAGGCUGUGCACUUGUCUUACGAAGAUAAACUGAAAUUAGUAGCUUUUACACAACAAGUGUCUCAUGGAAUAUACAGCCCUGAAAAAUUACCAGAGCUGGGAGUUUUGGACGUGAUUGGUAGAGAUAGAAAGUUAGCAUGGCAGACUCUGGGAGACAUCACGAAGGAGCAAGCCAUGGAGGGCUUCAUCGUCCUUCUGGACAAGCUCUGUCCCCUUUUCAAAACGUUUGUAGAAGCACAAAAACGCGAUAUUGAGGAAAAAUCGCGGCUGAAAAAGGAGGAGGAAUUGAGAAAGAUCGAGGAGGAGAAGAGACUGAAAGAGCUGGAGGAGGAGAAGAAGAAAGAGGAGGAGCAGCGCUUGAAGCAGGAAAAACAACGGAGGCAGAUACAGGAUGCACUGAAUCAGCAGACUUUCUAUCAGUUCAAAUCGUACGCCGAGCAGCAGUAUCCUGGCAAUCCCGAACAGCAGGGUGUACUUGUCAGGCAACUGCAGGAACAACACUAUCAUCAGUACAUGCAGCAGUUACACAGAAAUCAGUUGGUUAUCAAGGACAAAGAUAUGGAUAAGAAAGAGAGCAGUGUAGAUACACCUAAUAAAGAGCCAGAGGAGGAUCCAUUGCUGGCAAACGAUCUGUCUGCAACUAAUGAUGAAGAUGAUUCUGAUGAGACAGAGGAUUGGCCAAAAAUAGUUCCUGCUGAGAUGUGGACAUACAAAGGUGUGGACGAGUUCAAAGAGACUAUCAGGAGGGAAGAAGGGGAUGCUGUAAUCAAAGUUAGCCAUGGAGAAACAGUAACUGUCAGAGUGCCAACCCACGAGGAUGGCUCAUGUCUAUUUUGGGAAUUCGCAACAGAUGGAUACGAUAUUGGAUUUGGUGUUUACUUUGAGUGGUCAAAGCCAGAAACUACACAAGUGUCAGUUCAUAUCAGCGAAUCAGAAGAAGAUGAUGAGGAAGAGGAAGAUUACGAGACCAAGGAGGAUUUAGAGUGCGGAGAUAAUACUGGAGAGUCAAAACCAGAAUUCAAACCAAGCACAAUACCUAUCAGUGUCAUAGUGCCUGUAUUGAGAAGAGAUUCACAGGAAGAAGUUUAUGCAGGCAGUCAUCAGUAUCCUGGACAGGGUGUUUAUCUUUUAAAGUUUGACAAUACAUAUUCGCUUUGGAGAAGUAAAACGCUUUACUAUAGAGUAUACUAUACAAGACCAGGCGUUACAGAGGAAUAAUAUUUUAAGUACUUUGGGUAAAACAUUAACGAGGUCAUUAACGACGUUAUGUUUCAAUGUAUAACUGUUAAACACUAGCCACUGAUGCAAUUGUUUAUAACGCUAUACUAGUCUGAUUAAAUGAAAUCACUUGAACUAUUUUCAUGCAAGAAAAGGAGCGCACUCUUCUUAAAUAUAAGAGGAAAAUUUAUAUAUUUAUUAGAUAGACGCAUAGUGACCCAUUUUUUUCAUUCUACUAAAAGAACUGAAAGAAUUUUGGAUGUCUUUUAAAAGUUGUGGUGCGUAUAACUUUGUGUACAAAGAAUUUUUAUGUGUGUGGGUGUGUGUGUGUGUAAAUAAAUAGUCUGAGAGAAUACCGGUACGGAAUCAGGUGUGGAGGGUUUAAAUGUAUGUAUGCUGAAUGUGUAUGAAAUUUACGCACAUCGUCACGUGCGCACAUUAAAUGAAUAAUUUUAUGAAAUUGAUGUAAAUGCGGUAAUUGUUGCCAAACAAGUAAAGAUUUUUAUUUUGUUUAUGAAAUUUUAAAGCUUUGUUUCCUAUUAUUAAAUAUAAUUUAUAAGUGCUUGAGUUGAUUGUGUAUACAAUUUAAUUUUAACAAUCACACAAUACACAUAAUCGUCAUAGAACAAUAAAAUUACAUAUGUAUAAAUAUAUGUAACAAAAUCAAAAUUUACAUUAAUUUCUGAUGCUUGCAGUUCAGUGAAUACUUAUGUGUUUAGUUGAAUGAUUUCAUGUGUUAUUACGUUGUACACGUUUUUUUCAGACACUUUUAAUUGUAUCAAUCUCUGUUAGAAAUUUAUCUUUAGGCAAGUGUAUUGAAAAUUAAGUAGAGAUAGUCAACUUGAUAUAUUUCAAAAAGUGGUGAAAGGAAUUUGUGCACUAUGUCAAAAUUAUAAAUAGCUAAUUUUAUACACGUAAUGAUUUCCUCUGUCGUUAUCAACUAAUGAUAACAACCUAGUUGGUCGAGUCUUUCGCGUUUUUCUGAUGUUAAAAGUACUACAGGGUUCAUUCACACUAACAAUAUCAAAACGAAACAUAAUAAGUUACGUGCUUAAAUUGUCACGAUUAAUGUAAGCAUAAUACCGAGUGAGCAUAAUAAUAAUAAUUGUAACGAGCUUGGAUCAGCUUAAAAUUAAAAAUUACCUAUUUAUAAUUGAUGUUGUGUACUAUAUUAGAGAGACUUUAAUGUGCAGUAUUCAUCUCGUUUGUGAUAUAUUGUGUUUUAACUAUUUUUCACUGACAAUUAUCACGUUGACUAUUCGGUGGGGUUGAUUAUUAUCGUUUUUUAUAUUUCGUAACCAAACAAAAAACAAUCAACAAAAUGAACUAUGUAAUCCGUUCGUGAGACACUUGGUUAUACAUUAAUAAGGAAUCGUCAAUCUUACACAUUAUGAGCGCCUCGAAUAUAUGAGUUCUGUUUUUUGAAAAAUAUAUAAGUUAGAGCGAUCAAGAGCUUAGUUUAUUUUCACCUUCUAACACUGCUACGCUCGGAAGUGUGAAAACUGACGAAGAAAAAUGUUAAAAUGUCUAAACAUGUGAUAUCAAGGAGCUAAAUAAAACAAGCAACAAGUCAAA